UUAUUCAUUCUUUCCGGUUUAGGAUCUUGUCAAGCGUACUUGUUCUCGACUACGAGCUAAGGCCAAUUAUUAAAAUAAUUCCAAUUUUUGGCAACUUGUACCAAUUUUAAUUGUUUAAUACCUCUUAACCAUGUCUACAAAAGCUGAACUCGCUUGCGUUUACGCUGCUCUCAUCCUGGUUGAUGAUGAUGUCGCUGUUACUGGAGAGAAAAUCACCACCAUUCUGAAGGCUGCCAAUGUUGAUGUUGAACCCUACUGGCCAGGUUUGUUCGCCAAGGCUUUGGAAGGUAUCAAUGUUAAGGACUUGAUCACCAACAUUGGAUCCGGUGUCGGUGCUGCUGCCCCAGCUGGCGGUGCUGCCCCUGCUGGUGGAGAUGCUGCUCCAGCUGAGGCCAAGAAGGAAGAGAAGAAGAAGGAGGAAGAACCAGAGGAGUCCGAUGAUGACAUGGGCUUCGGUCUCUUCGAUUAAGUCUAAACGUUUUAUAGUUUUUAUUAAAACUUUUGAAGUGUCCUAUUGACGAAGUAUAAAAAAAAAAAACGUGUGUACUGAGUACGCAAAACGAGAA